CGGGAAGUGUUUGAUAACAGGAAGUGUCUUCAUGGAAGUGGGAACUUAUUAAUACUGUUCAUGUUUCGUGCAGAACUUCACCCUCGAACCCUAGUUCUUCUUCUUCUCUUCGUUCCCAUCUUCUUAUCUUCAGCGGCUGAGCACCCCUCUUUUCGGAGCACGACCCCUCUCUUCUGUUCUUAGCGUUCAGCCGCUGAGCCACCCCUCUCUUCGCAGCACGCCACUAUCUCAGGCAGACUCCUCUCUUCACACGCAGCCCUCGAUAGGAUUUACUCAGCUGUUCUUGACCUCUGGUCCUUGCUAUUGAUCUUGAGUGAGGGACGGAGGGAAAUGCAUUAGGGUUUUGGUGGGGAGGGCGGGAGGGAGCACAAGAUCACCCUACACCAUUUUUAAACCUGCUUUCAUCGUCAUCAGAAAAACCCUAGUUGUUGAAUUGAAGAUGGACAAGAGCAUGCUUGGAGAUCUGGACUCUAUGGGAGAAGAGGACAAGCUCAGAAUGACCACCAUGAUCGAACAGCUACAAAUCCGUGACAGUCUGAGAAUGUACAAUUCCUUGGUGGAGAGAUGCUUUAAUGACUGCAUUGAUACCUUCCGUCGCAAGUCCCUUGACAAGCAAGAGGACACAUGCGUCCGCCGUUGUGCUGAGAAAUUCUUAAAGCACUCCAUGAGGGUUGGCCUGAGGUUUGCUGAGCUGAACCAAGGCACAGCCACACCUGAUUAAUUCUCUUGAUUUUUUUUUUUUUGUUCGUUUUUUUUUUUUUUCUUUUUGGGGAUAUUUAGGCUCGAUAAAUUUCUGAUGUGGGUUUUGAGUUGUGAAGGUGGUCUUUCUCAACCCUUCAUUGGGGGGAAAUUUUCCAUAGCCAUUGAAAGAUAAAGAUUGGAGAACUAGCGUCAGUUUCGUCCAUGGAAUUGGACAGUAGAAGUCUUAUGUUCAGGAGUUUAAUUGCCAAGGAUUGGUAGCCAUUUUGUUUGCUA